AUGGAUGCCCUCAUCUGUAGUGGGUUAACAGUCCUGGAGCUGAUUGCGCUCCGGCCUAGCAGGGAGCUUGAUAGCCUAUGUAUAUCUAAGAAGUUCAUUGCUGUAUUUUUCAUACAAUACGCUAUCCUAAAAUUCUACCGUAUUGUUCUAUACCCAAACUUCUUCUCGCCACUUAGACAUUUGCCAGGACCAAAGGAUCAUAAUCUAGUCCUUGGGCAAGAAGUAAAAAAGUUCAGAGCCGAUGGACCCGCCAGCGUUCAGUUACAAUGGAUGCGCAAAUGGCCGGACACGCCAUUUAUUAGAUACGUCUCAUUCGCUGGUAAGGAAGUCUUACUGGUAAAUAGCUUGGCCGCGCACAAGGCUAUUCUCCAAAUACAUGUUUAUGACUUCGUCAAACCGCCGUUCUUUGCGCGAUUGGUUGGAGAGAUCACAGGUGUAGGCCUGUUAUUCUCGGAAGGGGAGGCCCAUAAGCGCGAACGAAGAUUGUUGGCAGGCCCCUUUUCAGUCCCGAGCAUGAGAAAGCUCUUGCCCGUCUUUCAGGCGAAAGCCAAGGCCCUUUCGAGUAUCUUUGAAAAGUUACUCGGCGAAAAGCCGUACGCUACUAUAGAAGCAAUUGAGACCUUCUCCAAGUCAACUAUGGAUACUAUAGGCGUAACGGUGCUGGGAAUCGAACUAGAUACCAUAUCGUCAAUGUACCCUCUAGGUUUCCAGGAACUUUACGACCGAGUGCUUCACCAAGGGUUUCUCGGCCAGCUUAUCUCGGUCAUUAACGCUUUUCUACCAGUCCGAGGUAUUAUUCCUUUAGAGGCAAACCGUAGAUUCAUCCAAGCGACUGCCGACUUGAGAAAGAUGCUGCAAAAUAUCAUCCAGCAACGCGCGGCGGACCUAGCGAACGGGACUUUCAAAAGAGAAAAGGGAGAGUCUAGGGACCUUCUUACAUAUAUGCUAGAAGAAGCUGAAAUGCGCCGACAGGAGACAGGGAAAGAUAUUUGGUCUAUAAACGACAUAAUUGGCCACCUUCUAAAUUUCACAUCUGCAGGUCAUGAAAGUACGGCUGCCACUUUAUCAUGGUCUCUCUACGUUCUUGCAACCAACCCUGCUAUACAAGAUAGGCUACGGUCUGAGAUAGACUCUCUACUCGAGACCAACCAAGAACCGGAUUACGACUCAAUUUCCGCUCUACCUUAUCUGCACAAUUUCGUUCGUGAGGUGCUUCGUGUCUAUCCCCCAUCAUAUAUGGCACAGCGUGAAGCCACCCGGGACCUGGUAAUAGAGGGCGUAUCUAUACCCAAAUGCACACAGAUCGAUCUCAAUAUCCCACUCGUACACCAGCACCCGCUAGUCUGGGGUCCGGACGCCACUGUAUUUGACCCAGACCGUUGGGACCGGUUGACGGGGGACGCGGCAACACCGUUCGCUUUUGAAGCGUUCCUUCAGGGCCCACGGACCUGUCCGGGCCGCAACUUCGCCCUCAUCGAGGUAAAAGCCGUCCUCGUCGAGCUGGUCCCACGGUGGAACUUCCUCGGCAUCGAGCGGCGGAAUGGAGAGCUACUAUCCUCCGGAGAGGAGCGCACUGGUAGGGGCGUUAAACUGGCGAAUCCAAGCUUAACUUAUAGACCGGUUGAUGAAUUGCUAGUGAGGUUUGGGCGGGCUAAGAAGUUGCGUUAG